AUGCUUCAAAUCGCCAUCGCUGGCGCCGGCGUUACUGGACUAGUCACAGCAAUUGCCUUUGCACAAUAUGGCCAUGUUGUCACGAUCUAUGAACGAAAAACCGAGGAGGUAUUCGCCAACGAAGGCGGUGCUGCUAUUCAACUACAGCCAAAUGCCGUGCGUAUUCUCAGGGAAUGGCACAUCGAUAUCAGCGAUGUUGGGCACGAGAGCGAUGGUAUGGUGGUAAGGCGCUGGUCCACUGAGGAAACUUUGGCAUAUGCGAAACCUCUGGCCGGAGUUCAAUUUUCUAUAUUGCGAUCAGACUUUCGACGAUCAAUGCUGGCAAAGGCAUUCGAGCAUGGCGUCAAGGUAUUCUUCAACACGGGCAUAUCUGGUGUAGACGCCUCCAGACCUGCGCUGAUCCUUGGAGGAGGCGCCCCCAUCCCCGCGGACCUGGUCAUAGGCGCUGAUGGCAUAGGCUCCAAAGUACGACAGUCAUUGUUCCCAUCAGUCAGACCUAUCGUAGGCACGGACACCGGGUUCCAGUUUCAAGUGCCAUUGUCAGACCUGGAGAGUCAAGCCGCAAAAGCGCUGAUCGUUCAGCGAACGCCCAACCUCACCAUGGGGCCGGGGACGGCGACCUUUUCGGGUCCGUUGUUUUCUCGCCAGGUCUUCGAUUUACAACUCCUCGUGCGAGAGUACAAUUUCGAAGAGGAUCCGCACCCGGAUGUCUUCUUCGAGUACGUCUCCGACAUGAGGUACCUCCGACGCCGGUUUCGCGACUACGGCCCCGUGACGCAAGAAUGUCUGCGGAAGGGCAAAGGCGCUUGGAAAUGGAGAAUGAGCGAGUGUGACGCACCAAAGUGGCACAGCGAGAACGGCAAGGUCAUUCUCGCAGGUGACUCGUGCCACGCCAUGAUGCCGUACGCGGGCCAAGGGGCCGGGAUGUGUAUCGAAGACGCUGCAGUCCUGGCCGAGUUUUUCCACAAUGUGUCUGCGGACGAGGACCACGCGUUCAGGGUUCGCGCGCGAUUGUAUCAGGAACUCAGGCAACCUCGAACCACCAAGACGCGUCUCCGGUCUCGUGAGAUGGGAAUAGCGUAUUGCCUGCCGGACGGCAAGAUGCAGAUGAAGAGAGACUCGGCUCUCAAGGGGAUGCAGGAGAGAAAGGAGAAGCUUCCGAUCAAGGGAAACUUUGAUGCUAGUCCGUUGUCGAAUGCCUUUGACAAUUGGCUGGAGCAGUAUGAUGCGAUUGAUGAAGCUCAAAAAGCACUGAGCAAAGUCUCUCAUCAUCACGCCAUGCCUGCAUCUAAACUAUAG